CUUUACGAAUGAAGUCUUAACGGUGUUGACAAAGCACUAACGUAACGGUGAUGACAUGGCAACGCCAGAUUUGAAGACAGCUCAUUUAAUCUGCCAUGUCACCAAUCACACGUUGAUAAUUCAACAGCCAUGUGGUUUAAGCUAAGAGCAUCCGCAUUAAUGAAUUGAAAAAGCAAUUGCAUUUUUAUUCUUUAUUGUCACCUCAACUAUUUUGCAAUCCAACUCACAUUCCUUUCAUUGUUCUACAUCAAUGAUAUUGUUUUGAAAUUGCACAUCUAAAGUGUAGACCUAAAAAAUAGAUUAAAAUUAUAUGAAAAAAUAAAUUUUGAUGCACAAAGGCUGUGAACGAAAUUAUUAAAAAAAAGGUUUAAUUCACCUGCAUAGCUAUAACUUUCACGAUUUUGAAAAUUAUAGCCACUUUUCAAAAAAAUACACAAUUGUAGUUACAUUUUAGAAAUUCGUUUGACAAAAUUGGCCAUUUUCGUUAGAAACUUUAACACCGUUAACAAGAUGCUGAUGUGGAUGUCACCUUAGUUCCCACAUCAGCUCCAACACACACCAAGUCAUGCCACCUGACUGCCACGUCAGAUUUUGAAUUAAAAUAAAUAAUUUAAUUUUAAUAAAAUACUCAUGGUUUCCAAACCCCAUCCUCUCCGAAGCUCCGAACUUCUCCGCCAAUCAACGACGAUCAGAUCUAGGUUUCCAAAACCCAAUUCUCCUGCCACACCCACCAUCUCCAUUAUCGACCAGAGUGAAGAUGAAAACAUCAAAACACUGCCUCUUCGCCGCACCCACCAAUAUAGCUGCCGCGAGGAAGUUUUGUCUCCUCCGACUACUCCAACUUUCCAGAUCUCGCAAAACCAAAGCUCAGAGCUCUGCCCCUUCAAUGGCGGUUCUCAAAACCGAUUUCUGGUUACCCCUACGGUGGAGAUGAGAGUUGGGUAGGAGGAGAAUAGCGGAAACAGUAAGGAGGAGAGGCGGUGGAUCAAAGGGAGCGGCGAUGGAGGAGGAUUGACGGAUGACGGACGAGGGAGGGUUUCAAAUUUGGGGAUUUUUUUUUUUUUUUCAUGGAGAGGGUUUCGUGAGAAAUACAGGGUUCCUAUCCGGAGGAAACGAGCUCUAGCAGUCAGAAUCAGGGUCAGAUCUUGGGCACCGCUCUCUCCUCCUAUUGUUCUCCCUCUGCCGCUGUCGUCGUUUCGUCGGACGUCAUCCUUUCUUCUGCUUCCAGCAAUGGUGCAUCCUAAAGUGGGAUGGAUGUGAUUGACAAAGGGAGAUCUAGAGUGAAUGAAAGCUUUGAUCGAUGGAGGGAAGGGAAUGAUGUUCUGAUGAAGUGGUUCGGUUCGUUGACUUGUUGGAGUGAACGAAGAAGAAGAAGAAGAGGGAAUUAAGGUGGGGAAGCGGCAAAGUUGGCGAACCUUGGAUCUCUCCCUCUUUCUCCCCUCGUCGUACCAAAUCCCAAAACCCACAAGAAUCCAUCUCCCAGAAAUUCGAUUGCGACCUAGAAACCUCAUCAUUUAUCCCUCUCAUCUUCCUCUCUCCAUCUCACACCACCGGCCCCACGACGAUGAAUAAAGACGGCUGGAUCUAAUCAACUUCAAAGCCUGCUCUAGCACCACUGUAAUCGGAGGGACGGAGGAGCAAUCUACUCUUUCUUGAUGACACCCCAGAUCUAGCGCUGAUAACUCGGGUAAGCGAAGAUUGUUCGUUCUCCCAUUUCUAGGGAUUUGACAACGGCGCUGGCAGCGGAUCCUAGGAACUCAACGACGGCAGAGGGUGGCAUCGCUUAGUAAUCGGAGAAGAUAAAGAAGAUGAAGAGAGACAAUCUUCGGGGGAGAUGAAUCAGCGAACGAACGGGAUGAAGAGUAAAGUGGGGAACUGGGGGCGGAUAGUUUCAGCUCCUUUUUCUUUGUUUUAUUUUUAUUUAUUUAUGUAAUUAAUUAAUUUAAUAAAAAGGGAACAUUUCCACCUGUAAUUUUUUUUGAAGAAAAUUUGCCAUGUCAUCAGAUAAUGUUAGUCCAGUCAGCAUAUCUCACUGUACCGUUAAAGUUAUUAACGGAAUGACUAUUUCUGUGUAUUUUUCAAAAAGUGGCUAUAUUUGUCAAAAUCGUGAAAGUUAUGGCUAUGUAGGUGAAUUAAUCCUAAAAAAACUCAAUAAAUGGACAAAUUUCCA